AUCCAAACAGGUUUUAGAGCAGGAGGAGGAGUCCGAGACUGGCUGGAACUAAUUUACUCAUUUCCCUCCCAAAGGCUGACCCAAAGACCUGUAUCAAAGAGUUGCACAAGAGAUAGAGACUGGAAGCUCUUUGAACGUGCUGCCCAAAGACUUAAGGCCUCUUCUGGGACUUGAGAUGACUUCUCACAAGAGAUGCUUUCAGGAGGGGCUGUGCUGAAGACAGAGCACUGCAGCCUCUAACUGGGACAGCUCCUGCUGGUCUGGAGCUGAGACCCAGCUUCCCUCCCUCCCUUUUCCCUUGGAGAUGUUGCAGAGAUUUAAUCUGACCUCUUCCUGCUCACCUGAAGCCUGCCGUGGCGAUGAUCCCACAGCCAGAUCCGACCACCAAAGAGAAGAGAAUCGUGAGUUUGAGGCUGGGCCCUCGUUGUAACUGAACUGGAAUUCACCCCUGCUUGUGCUCCCACAACGACUUGCCCUUCCUCUGCUCGUCUGUUUGUGCUGUGAGCCACCUCUCCCUGAUCUUGUUUGGAAUUCCUGAGCUCUGCACGCUGAAUUUGCCCAUGGCUUUCUUGAUGAAGAAGAAGAAAUUCAAGUUUCAGACGACUUUUACUCUAGAAGAGCUGACUGCUGUCCCCUUUGUCAAUGGGGUUCUGUUCUGCAAGAUCAGGCUGCUAGAUGGAGGAGACUUUGCUAGUUUGUCUAGCAGAGAGGAAGUUCAGGAGAACUGUGUCCGCUGGAAAAAGAAAUUCACCUUUGUGUGUAAGAUGAGUGCCAACCCUGCCACGGGGCUCCUGGACCCCUGUGUCUGCCGAGUGUCUGUGCGCAAGGAGCUGAAGGGCGGAAAAACCUACUCAAAGCUGGGCUUUGCUGAUCUCAAUCUGGCAGAAUUUGCAGGCUCUGGAUCCACUGUCCGUUGCUGCUUGCUGGAAGGAUAUGAUACCAAGAACACCCGACAGGACAACUCCAUCCUGAAGGUCACCAUCGGAAUGUCCCUGCUCUCUGGGGACCCCUGCUUCAAAACGCCUCCUUCCACUGCCAAGUCCAUCACCAUCCCAGGGCAGGACUCCACUCUGCAGCUGACCUGCAAGGGCGAGGGAACCACCAGCAGCAGCAGCAGCUCCUCCACCAUUGGCUCCCUGCGCCAGGCCAAGCCAAGAACUGCCAUCCUCAGCUCAGGUGUCCCAGAGGAGUCCGAUCAGAACCUGUCCAGCCCGGAGGAAGUUUUCCACUCAGGGCACUCGCGGAACUCGAGCUAUGCCAGCCAGCAGUCCAAGAUCUCUGGUUACAGCACGGAGCACUCCCGCUCCUCCAGCAUGUCCGACCUGACCCACCGCCGCAACACCUCCACCAGCAGCAGUGCCUCGGGGGGGCUCAGCAUGACCGUGGAGUACCCUGAGGGGGGAGAGAGGGAGCACAAGCUGGAGAAGCCACCUCGGCCCCCCAGACCACCCCUGCUGCUGGACAGACCCUCCCGAAGGAAAAAGGAUUCAAUGGAGAGUCACCCAACGCGAGUGGAUGACACCAGGAUCGAUGCUGAUGACAUAGUGGAGAAAAUAAUGCAGAGUCAGGACUUCACAGAUGUCAGCAAUACUGAAGACAGUAACCUGAGGUUGUUUGUGAGCAGAGAUGGAACAACUACUCUGAGUGGUAUUCAGCUGGGAAACAGGGUCUCAUCUGGAGUUUACGAGCCAGUGGUGAUUGAAACCCACUAAAUGUGAAGAACAGGGUAGAGCUGCUGGACACAGGCCCCCUACCCAGUCUGCUGCCACCUGGAUGCCAACCUUUACCUCUCUUCAUGCAGCAUUCCAGAAGGGAUUUCUCCACACCCCUCCCUGUACGUUUGCACUGCAGAACGACUCCGAGACCACUCCAGAACAUGCACUUUCCCUGCAUUGGCAUUGUCCUUCUCUGCUUCCUGGUCCUCCCAGUGCAUGCCUUCCCCUGCUCCUGCUCAGACACGAGGUGUCUGUGGGAUUUAUCCUUGGGCUAGUCCCAGAGGAUGUUGCUCAUCUGCAUCCCUCAUUCCACCCAUUCACUUGCAGCAGGGGAUGUCUCAGUUUCUGUCUCCCCAAAACUUUGGGUUAUACCACUGUGAACUCUUCAAACCACUGGGGGUGGGGGAAACCAUUCUAACCAAACCCAGAGCUGCUUGUUGGGGACAUGGUGACAUGGCCACUUGCAGGAUGCUUUAUUCCAUUGACUCUGCAAGGGAACAUCACCUCCCAAGGCAAUGGUUUUACUGAACAAUGUAUGCUGUGGUGUACACUUCACCUUCCUAUCCUCACAUCCCCAAACAACAUCUUCUCAUAGGAAAUACUUCCCAAAAGUGCAUUUCAGAAAACUCUACUGCAAUCCAGCUGGGAGUUGGUGAACGGUUCAAUGUGAGUGCUCAUCACACCACUGACUGCAGCAGCCCUUCCACUGCUGGGCAUGGAAGGGGGUGUUCAUCAACUAGCAUUAGCAGGAGCACUUUAGAGCUUAUAGAUUUUACCUGGAGGAGGCUUCUACUCACUAUUCCAGGAGUUUAAUCUGUGUUUGCUGGACUGAUUCAGCAAAUAGUCCUGUUGGAGCUUGGAAUACAAAGCCUCUUUCUUUUUUUUUUUUUUUUUUUGCUUUUUUUCCUUGUUUCAUUGGCUCAGGAAGGGAACUGCCCUUCUUGGACUGUGAAAAGAAUCUCGUCUGACAGCUUUUCCUUGGGCCAGAGCUGGAUGCAGUUGACUGCAGUGGUGUCUCUGUUGAGGUGGUGAUGUCAAUUGCCUCUCUUGGCCUGUGCCAGUAAGGGAUUUGGUGUUGCUUGGCCUUUCUUAUCCUGUCAGCAGAGAUCUGUGCCUGUGCUGGUUCCUCUUGGGGCUGGGGAGAAGCCACUGUCUCUGCCUUCAAGGGUAGAAGGGAUGUUUGCUGCUGCAUUAGCCACAGCAGCUGAUCUGACCUGCUCUGUGGUGAGUGAACUCUUGUGACAAGGCUUCAAACUGUUCUCUGGUUAUCUUUCAAUUGCUCUUCUUUGGGUUUGGUUUCUGCAGUUGUUUGACACUUUUCCCUGCAGUGUGUGGCAGAGAUGUGCAUCCCUUUCAGCUUCCACUUGGAGAUCUCUCCUGGCAGCUGAAUUUCCAGCGAGGAUCUGGGCAGGCUGUGCUUGCAGUCCUCCCUUACAGAGCCCCUCAGCUGAUAAGCUAUUUCUGUGUGUUGCCCAUUCCUCUUUUGCCAGUGUUCUGUGGCAGCCAUGCCCUCUGCAGGACCUGGCUCCCCUCUGGCACUUGUGGCUGUGUGUUCAGGCACACACUCACUGCUCAGCAAGGAAAGGCUUGUUAACUGAUCACGUUGUUCAAAUUCUGAGUUAUUGUAAAGCCUCUUUUAAAGGAGGAAAAAAAAAGCAUUAACUGUGGUCUCUUUGGCCAGAAUGCAUGCAGAUGAGCUGCUGGAAAAGGGAAUCUGGCAGAAUGAGAAACAAGGAAUGAAAGGG